AAAAGUAAAAAGAACCAAUGGCAAUCAUAACCAUUAAUACAAACCGUCCAUUCUAUGGAACCCACCGAGCACUUCACUCCUUUUCUUGUAUCAACGGUUCAAAUUUAACGGAGCUGAAUGAAUCAUAUGCUGUAGCCCAGUGAGGCAACUUUCAGUACGGCAUAAUAUUAGCAAAUGUACACAACUUUCCUCUUUCACUUGAUUCCCCUCAACCAUUUCAAAAUUUGCUGUUGGGUUUGAUGAUUGGUUGAUUGACUAAUCGGGGCUUAAUCGAAAGCUAUGAACUUGAGCCGGCCGGCGGUGCACCCAGUGGAGGCCCCCCCUUUGACGGAGGCGGCUAUCCAGAAUGGUCCCAGACUCAGAAUGAAGGACGUCCAAGGCAUGCCUGGGACACGUGGCGGCUUGAUUCUUCGUCUCUGUCAGUUUGUUUUUUCAUUCAUCUCUCUGUGUGUCAUGGCCUCCACCAGUGACUUUCAUGAAGCUACCGCGUUUUGCUACUUAGUUCUUGCUGUUGGCUUCCAAAGUUUGUGGAGUCUGUCCCUGGCAGUUCUUGACAUAUAUGCCAUCUUGGUGAAACGAAGCUUACGAAGCAACAUAAUUAUGCGUUUAUUUACCAUUGGUGAUGGGAUCACAUCCACUCUUACAUUUGCAGCUGCUUGUGCAUCGGCAGGCAUCACAGUCCUCAUCGGCAAUGAUCUUAAUAGAUGUGCUGUGAACCACUGCACAAGGUUUGAGACAGCUACAGCAAUGGCUUUUAUCAGCUGGUUUGCCAUAUCACCGUCCUUUCUCUUGAACUUCUGGUCAUUGGCUUCCCAGUAAAUUUGGGUUUAUGGAAUCUAUAAUCAGCAAACGAGUCUAACUUUGAUGCACAGAGUUUUCCUAUGGAACUCCAACAAUGGAGGUCAAUUAGUUGCUCCUAUAGUGUAAAUAGAUAAAGUUUUGCUAGAGUAUUUCAUAUGCAAGAAACAUAGAAUCCAGAACAACUUCUUUGAAAUGAUUUUUUCGCCUUUUCUUCUGGGGUAUUGUGGUUUAUGGUAUGUUCAUAGUGAAGAUGGCAUAAUUAAUUAAUUAUCCAUUCCACAUUAUCUUCUGCUGUUAUAUUAUUGGUUGUUCCUGUUAUUAGUUGUAGAGAUUAUACUUUCUUCGCCUUUCAAACCCGGUUGUUGCUUUAGAGGAAUGCUACACACGAAAUGUUCAUAUUCAUAUGCAGUUACGUUGGAUAUUCACAAGUAAAACUUUUUUACGUUGAA